GGGAUGUUUACCAGAAACACAGAAGUGAACAAAGCCAGGCAAUUACAUUGGCUGACUGCUAAUGCUGCAGGGCUGAGGGACAGAUAGAAGGGCUGUAGCUAAAUGCUCAUGCUAGGCUAACAGAGGGACAUACAGAGAGGGGCAAGGCUAAAUGCUAACCUCUCUAGGCUAACUGAGGAACAGUCCGAUGGAGCGCCGGAUGCUCGUGGAGGUCACGUUUGGAGACCCUGUAUUUAUGGUGCGGAGUGUGUGGGACUGGCUACGCUCUCACCUCCUCUCUGUGUCUGUGUGUGCCUGUGUCAGCUGUGGUCUGCUGCUCCACUACUGCUCUGUCUGCCAGGUAAGACAUGAGACUGAGACAAACAGAUUAGAUAUACUGUUUGGAAGAGCUGAGAUUGGAGACGUUGUGCACUAUAAAGGGAAUAGUGUGCAUAGACUGUUUAAAAAGGACUUGUCGUCUGGGGAGGGUUAGUUAACUCGGAAAACAUACUUUGCCCAGUUUUUUGUAUAACGAGUGUUAUCGUUGAGUGGCUGAGGGGAGUUAUGUUGACUGGUGGCUUACAUACAGUACAAUAUAAACUGGGUGGGUCGAGCCCUGAAUGCUGAUUGGCUGAAAGCCGUGGUAUAUCAGACCGUAUACCACAGGUAUGACAAAAUAUGUAUUUUUACUCUUCUAAUUACAUUGGUAACCAGUCUAUAAUAGCAAUAAGGCACCUCGGGAGUUUGUGGUAUAUGCCAUCCGCAUUGCGUCGUGCCUAUUAGCUAUAUACCACACCCCAUUGGGCCUUAUUGCUUAAGUAUAGUAUAACUAAGAGUUGAAGCCAGAUGACACGGGUCUUCUAUAGUCAUAGAUGUAAUAUACUUUGGUGUGGACAGGUGAAGACUGUCCCUGUCCUUGUGGGUUUGGAUGUAGGGCCACAUUGUCGAACGUUGCAGAUAGAAAUGACACAAAUAGAGCCAACGUGAUUCCUUAUUCUACUUGUCAGAGAGGCAUGUUUGUUCUACAUAGCAUAUUGCUAACUGAACGUUCCAAAACAUUGCGUCCUGCUGAAUGCGCCCCUGGUGUACAUCCAGUAUGUAAGGCUGUGUUUCUCUCUAGGAUUAGAUAUGAGGUCGGCAGGUACACAGUCUCUCCUCUCUCUGUGCUGAUCUACACAGGUAUGUGUGUAGGUGCUGCAACAGACCCUGUCCUCUCUAGUUGAGGCAGGUCUGGACAGGUGAAGGAUUAUCUAUCCGCUUUGGCAUUAGCAAGUAUGGACCGGUAGAAGGAGAGCUGUAGGCUGGGCCAGGUGUGUAUUGGGUCCAUUAGGUUCAACACCAGAUUUGAUUGUAACUUUAUUUGACCAGGUUUGUAACACCUAGGAUCUGUCUUUAUUAUGAAAAGCUAUAAUCAUGUUGUGGGUGUUAAUAAGGUGCUCUGAGUUGACGUUUCCAUUGUCUCUAUCUGGGCUAAGGCGGUGGUAAGCCAGGGGGAUUUAUGAUGACGGUUGCUGUCAGAAUAGACACCAGGGCUGUAGGUCAGAGCUUCACAGCCUUUCGUUUUUGACCUCAUGGUCAGAACGCUGUAGGUCAUGGUCAGAACAGAGCUUUCGUUAUCCUCUUGCGGACAACACUGAUGUCCAGAAUGUCACUAUUUGUGUGUGUUUUUCAUGGCUGCUAUCAUUAUGACAGGAGCCAGACGCAUUCCAAGAGUGUAGUGUAGGAUGAAGGGAAGAAAAGAGGGAGGUAAGGAUGGAGAGAGGGGCAAAGGGAAAUAGAGGGGGAUUAGGAUGACAGCGGGAAGCAGUGAGUGAGGAAGUGAUACUUUGAGGAAGGUAAAAGUAUGGGAAUUACGGAAAGGACAAGUAAGGGCAGAUUCUGGGCAAGAGUGAGGGAAGGAGAAAGAAGAUCAAGUGAGCGACUCCAUAUCAUCAGUCUCGUCUCCUGGGUCAUUCAGGUCAGGUAAUAAUGAAGGAGGUGGAGAUGGGAGGAGGUGGUGAAAUCGAAUCGAGGGACUGAGUUACAUCUGACCGCCCCCCCGGCCAUUCAUUAUGCCGUCUGGCCUGAACUGCUGGAGAGCGAGCGAGUGGGAGAUAAACGAGUGGAUGAGAGACGAGUGAAAGAGGAGAAGAUAGCCAUUUAGGAGGGGUAUAGCUCUGCUAUGAUUACCCGUUCCUCUCCAGACACCCUGGCGUGACACCCAGCACCCAAACCCAACGCUCAGCUCCGAGAGAGACAGAGAGAGAGAAUGAUAGAUAAAGUGAUUGAUUUAGCUGAAAGCCCCCUGCAGAUUAGUGCUGUGCCACCUGGGAGUUAGCUCAUCGCUCACCUGUCACAUUUACCUCUGCCUCUUUGCACUUUUCCUUCUGUCUUGAAAGGAAGUGGCUUUGUCUUCUUCAUAUUGCAAUGUUUUCAAUCUGGUAUUGUGUGCAGGCAUGUGUGGAUGACUGUACACUUUUGUGUGUUUGAAUCACGCUCUUGUGAGUGUGAAUGUGUCGUCUGCUCUGAGGUAAGGGUUAAGCUGGUAAAGAGCUUUAGAGCUCGGAAGUCUUUGUUGGCAUUGACCAGUACCGGGACUCAGACUACUAGGCUUACGGGCCUGCUCUGUCUCUGUUCUUUACCAUGUAUUCAGUACAUCUUCAGGGCCGUAUCCACAAAGCGUCUCAGAGUAGGAGUGUUGAUUUAGGAUCAGUUUGCCUUUUAGAUUAUGAUGAAUAAGAUUAUAUGGACAGAUCCUAGAUCAGCACUGCUACUCUGAGAUAUUUUAUGAACACGGCCUCUGGCCUGUAUUACUACUCUUUCCUUGCUCUGUGUUCAGCACAACAUCACAGCAGUUCAGUGGAAAGGAUGUGUGAGUGCGGACGAGUCAGACAGACAAACAUUGGCUGGGGUUGGUUGGUUGUACUGGGCUGUACUGUAGUGGGGCAUGCAUUCUUUAGCAGUCUGAGGGUUGUAAAUGAUCAUAAAAGAUGGGUUUCUUUUCUUUCUCUUGCACUCUCCUUCUGUCUAUCUGUCUCUCUCUGGCCCUAUCUUCCUCAUUCUCUCUCUCCCUCCUGUGAUUUCCCACACACAUACAGUAUCAUUUCCUAAUCAGUGACGUGUGUGUAUAAUCGAUGGUGUGUGUUCUCCUUUCUGCUUGCUUGCGUCAAAGCCCCUUGCAUAGUGACCUUGCUGUAUUUUUCCAAUAAAGAUAAACCAACUCUACACACACAUUCACAGAUACCCAAGCAGACUCACAGCAAACUCACACACUUACUCAAUCAAACUCACACAGUGUUCAUGUGUUGUUGUUUUUUUUACUGUGGAACCAGUGUGAUGUUUCUGGUCAAUGUUUUGUGAAUGGGGGCUGUGAGAAACGUUGUGUACCUGGCCUUGGCUCAAGCGGGCUGGGACCUCUCACUCUCUGCCUCCUGUCGAGUCUGCAUAAAUGUCUGUGUGUGUGGUGUGUGUCUAUACAUCAUUAGUUUUCAAACUAUUUUGAUCAACCUCUCAAAUGGUCUUAUGACCAACUGAUAAGCGAGACAACAUUUCUAUCCAGUUUUCUGCUGUGGCCAAGUAGGAAUGAGUCGGAACGACCAUAUGUAAACCUCUAGUUUAGCUGACUGGUGGUGUGUAACCCAUUUGUUGCUUCUAUCCUUCCAGACCAAGCCGUGGCAGAUGGUGCACUGGUCUCCCUUCGUGUCCUUUAACAAGCGUUAUCCCUGGGUGCAGCUCGCCGGGCACGCAGGUAUACACCACUCCCUUUCUCUUUCUCUUUCUCCCUCUCUAUUUCUCUCUCUAUCUCUCUCUCUCUCUCUCUCCUUGCUGGCCUCUUUCUUUCACACACUCUCUCUGUACUCACUCUCUUUCUCUCAGUAUUUCUCACUUUCCUUUCCUCUGUCACUCACUUUUCCCCUCCCUCCCUCCCUCCUCUGUCUCGUAGGUAACUUCCAUGCGGGGGAGUAUGGGCGUUUGUUGAAGCGCUACUGUGAGUGUGAGCAGCUGUGCCUAUUGAAGCUGAUGGGGGACAUUCUGCGUCCCUACGUCCCUGGCUACUACGGCGUGGUGCAGAGGAACGAACAAGAUUACAACCUAAUAGACGACCUCCUGGCUGACUUUGACUCUCCCUCCAUCAUGGACUGCAAGAUGGGCAGCAGGUGAGAGACCGGGGGCGUACUGAGCUGGAAAAUAAUAGCCAGAAUCUACCACACACCCAAAACCGAUUUAGUGAAGGCACUGGACGCAAAAAGUAGCUGAGCUUUCGGUCAGUAGACCUUAAUCAGAGCAAAACUAAAUCCUGCACGCACGGAGGCUCUCCAGGACCAAUGCUGGAGAGGAGAUCACUAUUGUUAGAUAACUCAGUCGUUAGAUAAUGAACUGGCCCACUAACCCUGUCUUCCCUGUCCUAUCAGGACCUACCUGGAGGAGGAGCUACUGAAAGCCAGGGAGCGUCCGCGGCUCCGCAGGGACAUGUAUGAGAAGAUGGUGGCCGUGGACCCCGGGGCCCCUACGGAUCAGGAGAGGGCCCAACAAGGCAUCCUGAAGCCCAGAUACAUGCAGUGGAGAGAGACCCUCAGCUCCACUGCCACUCUGGGCUUCCGAAUCGAGGGCAUCAAGGUCAGGGGGCACACUGGGUUCAACUGGGUGUAAAAAUUAGGGGAUUGAAAAAAUAGUUUUUGUGUUUAAAAUGUAUGGGCAAAAUAACUUGUUCCUGGUCACAGUAAUGAGACAAGGAAAUGGGUGUGAUGGGUCAGUACUAAAAAAUAUGUCACAUACAGCUUACUUAAUAAAAAAAUGAAAGAAAAAAAAUUCAUUGCAUCAAUAAUGAGACUAAAUACUGUUGUUUGUGAUUUGUGCUGUGCAGAGAGCGGACGGGACGUGUAACACCAACUUUAAGAAGACCAAACACCGGGAGCAGGUCAUGCAGGCCCUGGGAGACUUUGUGGAUGGGAAUAUUCAGAUCCUGGUAUGUGUUUCUAGAGGGACAUUUAGUCGGGUGGCACAUAAGGGAACUUGAGUUCUAGGGGGACCUACUCAGUCCCUUCAGAUUGACUGUCUGUUUGACUGUUUGUCUCACCUUCUCCUCUCUCUGGUAGAAACUCUACCUGCAACGUCUGGAGGAGCUGCGAUCCGUGCUGGAGAAAUCACAGUUCUUCAGAACACAUGAGGUAACCCAUACAAACACACUCACUCACUCACACCCUAUACUGCUUCCCACUUACCUAUACCCAUAGUACUCUGCUUUACUUACUGGAGGAAAAUUAAGACAAUAUUUACAGUAAAGUUCAGUAUGAGUACUUUCCCUCAACAAACCUGUAUGCUGGAUUAUGAUUAAAUGUGAUUGAUAUGAACAUGAUUCAAAUUCCUUAUUAAAGCUGCAAUAUGUAACUUUUUGGGCUACCUGGCCAAAUCGACAUAGAAAUAUUUAGUUAUAGAUCUGUCAUCCUUAUUGAAAGCAAGUCUAAGAAGCGGUACAUCUGUUCUAUGUGCGCUAUUUCUAUGCUUCCCGUUCUUAAGUUUUGUGUUUGCGUCUUUUACUUUCAGUUUUGUACACCAGCUUGAAAUACAAUAUAUUUGGUUAUGGAAAAUAUACUUCAAAGUGGUUUAGAUGGUAGAAUGAUUCUCUACACUAUACAUGCUUAUUUUGUCACAAACUGAAAUUAGGCGAGCUAAUAGAAUUUUAGCGAUUUCUGCAUAGUGCAGCUUUAAAUCACAAACAAACACACUCACUGACAGACUGAACUCAACUGUCCUGUUUUCUCCAAGGUGGUGGGCAGCUCCCUGCUGUUUGUGCACGAUGCGUCAGGGCUGGCCCGUGUGUGGAUGAUAGACUUUGGGAAGACGGUGCCCCUGCCUGCCCCCCUCACGCUGGACCACCGGACCCCCUGGAUGGAGGGCAACCGCGAGGAUGGCUACCUGUGGGGUCUGGACAACCUCAUAGACAUCCUCAGUACCAUGCUCCCCCCCCCAGCCCCUGAGAAAGAGAGGGCCAUGUGA